AUAAGAAGUAUAAUGCGGAUGGCUGCCUGGUCGUGCGGUUUGCGCGCUGGACUGUCGUUCGGAUAUAUGGACGGUCGAGGGUUUAAACCCUGCCGCUCCCAUCCCCCGUCGUCCUGCGGCAGGUUUGGACUAGGAAGUAAACUUUCUUCAACUCUGAAGGAAAAUCCGAAACAUGUAAAACAAACAAAAAUGCACAUAAAUGACUGCGUGGGCGUGUGAAACUCUUUAUGGAUUGUCGCAAUUAUCGUCCCGAGUUCGAACGCCCGCCGAAUUACAUUCACUGCCGACCUUUGGAGGGGGGAGUCUUGUCUGAAGAAACGUCCGAAACUUAUAAAACAAACCAAACAAAGCAAAACAAAUCGGUAAAGGCUUUUAAGUUAAAUGCAUAUGUGAGGUUUCGAUAAAAGGUUGGGGUUUUUUUAAUCAGUAAAAUGUAAAUAUAAAAAAAAUAUGAAAUAUUAUUAUCUAACUACUAUUACCAAACUGUAUCAGCUAGUAUUUAACCCUUAAAUGCCUGGGGCUGCAGAACGGCAACAUCGUAUUUCUUGCCUACAAAACAUUAAAGAGACUACAGAUAAGCUGAAGCAUGGAGUUGUACUGCUACGUAGUUAAAGAAACUACACAUCAAAUUAUGCAAGAUGUUGUACUGCUUCAUAGAACGUUGAUUACGUGUGUCCAAUUAGCACUCUGAUAGCAGACAGGAAACCUAUUCUUUUCGAUCAAAAAGUAGGAUCAGGAAGCGCAUUUUUUUCGUCAAUGUUAGAAAGUAUUUUAUAUAUAUAUAUACUAGCCGGAUGUGACCCGAGGCCAUCUACUGGUUUGAAUUUACAUCUAUGUUAAACAUGGAGAAUGUACUCUUCACAUUUUUUACAUUUUGCCACGAAAAUAAAAGUAAAGUAUGAAAAUGGGUUUACCCGUUCACCUGACAUAAUCAUAUCAAAUAUAAAAUACUGUGAAAACGGGUUUACCCAACUUUUUAAGAUGUUUAGUUUUUUAAUAUAGAUACAAUUAGGUACUAUUGUCUAUUUUCGGGGGCUCUCUGGUAGUGGUAGGGACAUUAAAAAUUCACUACGGUCUUCGCCAUAAUCUAAUGAACAUCAUUGCCAAGUUUUAUCAAGAAUGGUCAAACGGUUUUGAUUUCUAUGCGGGACUUUCAACAUUCUUGUCACUUGUGAUGUUUUGUGUGUGUAUUUUUUUCCUUUCAGCCAGUCUCUUAAAUGAUCAUUGAAAUGAGCUAGCACCAAAGAAAAGAACUACCAUUCAAGAAAUGAACUCAAAUCCGAGAAAAGUAUCUAACUUCAGAGAUAGAACUAACAACCGAUAAGUGAAUUGACAGCCAAGUAAAGAUUAAACACAGAGGAUACAACUAAGAACCGAGAAAAGAAAUAAAUCCCGAGAAAAAUAAUUUCUUUUUUUUAAAUCUUAUAUAAUACAGGCGUAACUUCAAAAAAGAAGAUGAUUACGUCCUACGCAUCAUGCAUGCAUGCAUGCAUACAUACAUACAUACAUACAUACAUACAUACAUACAUACAUUCAUACAUACAUACAUACAUACAUACAUACAUACAUUUUUAAAACGUUAAAUUGUUUAAAAGAGAGGACUAUUAAAAUUAAGAUUAUCUGUGUUAAUCUUUUCGUUCAUGAUAAUUAGAGAUCGUAACUCUACAAAGCCAUUGGUUUUCCUGGCUAUAAUAUUGAUUCAAAUCAGUGAUGCAAAACCUAUAGCAACAUAUGCAAUACGAUAGUGUUAUCGUUGUAUGUCAUUUCUUUUUUUUUAUGAUUUCACAAGUCGUAAAAUGAAAAGUGUGAUUUCUAAUUAUAUUCCGUGUAAGUAAUUUAACGUUGUAUUGCUAGAUAUCUAAAUGGUACAAGUUACAGUACGCAUGGUAUCUAAGAGUUGACGUUGACAUUCUAUUUGUUUACAUACUUUAUUUUCGCAUUUUAAUUAAGAAAUGACUUGGAAAUUUAUAAUGAUGUAUUCAGUAAUGUUAUUGAUGUUCAAGACAGGAAACUUUCAGCGCCUAGUAGUGGAACCAAUGAAUAUACAACCAGGAGUCACAGAGAGUUUAAGUGUCAACUGUUCUCUGGCUUUAACAAAAAUGUCCGGAUUUCUGUCUUUAGCGAAUCUUACUCUGUAUAAAGCCAUAGAAGACUCUCAAUAUAUUCAAAUUUGUUCACUAGCUUCAGGAAAUGUUAUUGAAGAUACCAACGCAGGGGACGGUACCUGUAAAGGAAACAUCAACAAUAAAGGUGGCUCCUACUUAAAUGUGCAGUGGCUGUUCCCAAACCUGCAUAUGUCUGGUCAAUAUAAGUGUCAAGCUGUUGGAUUAAGUCUUUCUUGGAAAGAGGUCACGCUGACAUCUACAGCAACAGUGUCCGGAAGUGAACUUUCUUUGGCUACUUUGAGCGAACAACUGAGAUUUGUUCAGAUUGAAAAUGCCGUGUUCCAAAUGAACAUUGUUAAGGAAAAUUUGGCUACCAAAGAAUUAUUUUGGAAAAAUUUAGAACAAAAUAUUAGCCUUUUAGCUGCUAAUCAAAACAAGGACACUGAAUUACUGCAGCUGAACCUAAGUCAGCAUAUGACAAGUAUGACGCAGCAAAUGACAAGUAUGACGCAGCAAAUGACAAGUAUGACGCAGCAAAUGACAAGUAUGACGCAGCAAAUGACAAGUAUGACGCAGCAAAUGUCAAGUAUGACGCAGCAAAUGUCAAGUAUGACGCAGCAAAUGUCAAGUAUGACGCAGCAAAUGUCAAGUAUGACGCAGCAAAUGACAAGUAUGACGCAGCAAAUGUCAAGUAUGACGCAGCAAAUGACAAGUAUGACGCAGCAAAUGACAAGUAUGACGCAGCAAAUGACAAGUAUGACGCAGCAAAUGACAAGUAUGACGCAGCAAAUGUCAAGUAUGACGCAGCAAAUGUCAAGUAUGACGCAGCAAAUGUCAAGUAUGACGCAGCAAAUGUCAAGUAUGACGCAGCAAAUGACAAGUAUGACGCAGCAAAUGUCAAGUAUGACGCAGCAAAUGACAAGUAUGACGCAGCAAAUGACAAGUAUGACGCAGCAAAUGACAAGUAUGACGCAGCAAAUGACAAGUAUGACGCAGCAAAUGACAAGUAUGACGCAGCAAAUGACAAGUAUGACGCAGCAAAUUCAGAUAGUUCAAGAAAACUUGGCUAAUUCUUUGGAGAUGUUAUUUUAUAAAUCCCCUGUUUUUGAAGGUAGACGCUACUAUCUGGCUAAACAACUAGCCUCAUUUAGCUCGACCUCAGCUCAGGCAACCUGCCAUCUGUAUGGAGGCUAUCUCGCAGAAAUUGACAAGGAAAAUGAGUUCCACUUUGUCAGAGCUUUCUUGAAUAACUACAAACAGUUUAUUUGCGUAUCUAUAUCUGGAAGUGAUGAGGACAUUGAAGGACAUUGGGUCAAUCUGCGCAAUAAUACAUUCCUUACAUAUUUACAAUGGAAUGCUAAUGAGCCUGAUGGUGGUAGAGAUCAAAACUGUCUAAGUAUAUGCAGAGAUUACAACUGGUUAAUGGGGUCAACUUUUUGUUUUUUUGUUUAUGAUUUUAAAAACCAAAAAUCUUAUCUAUGCGAGAUCCCAGAACUGUGAAUGUUAUAUUAAAAGACUUUC